AAAAAAAAAACUAGAGGUUCUAGAAUAUUCUUGUUUGUUUCAUCGUUUUGUAAUUUAUAGCAAACAAGACCAAGUCGUCAACAAACAACGUCGUUCACUAUGGAUCGUCCAUUUGUCUAGCUUUCAAAUCAACCAAUCAUGGCUCUUUCUCUAUUUAUAUCAUUCAACAAUAACACUUCUUCAACCUAAAACGUAGUAUUUUGAAUUUAAUUCUGCAGCUUCAAAUCUAACUCUCGAUCGAAUGUGUUUCUUUGAUAAUCGGCGCGAUCAAAAUUUGACGGUGGUGAAGAUGGAUGUGGCUUGGUGGAUGGAAGCGGCUCCUCCGCAGAUAAUUUUCCCUGAGAAGCCAUCAACUUGUCCGAUUCUAGAGACCAUUUUAGAAGAACGAGAGACCGAAGAAGACGAUGAUGAACAUGAAAAGGAAGACGUCUAAUGAUCAUUUGAUCGACAUUUCGUCUUGAUUAUAGAUAGACCCGACCUUUGGUUGUAUUUUUCUAUGAAUGUAUAAGACGAGAUUUUGUAUAUUUAUAAAUCAUAUCAUAAAUCUUAUGAUAAUUAUAUAAUAGUCCUUUUGGGGUAAAAUACCUCAAGAUAAUAGUUCUUUGUGUGUGUGUUUUAGAACUCUUAUGACUCGUAGUAAUUAGAUGAUCACUUCAAAUAUACCCACCCAUACAAAAUGUUUAGUUCGAGCUAAUAGUUAUUUUACGCGUCACUCCUCCUCUUGUUCUAAUCAGAAGCGAGGCAAUCUCGAUAUGAGAUAUACAUUUUUUUUUAUGAUCCGCAUAUCCGAACUAGAAGUCCUACCUAAUCACCUGAACCAACUCAUCAGUGACAUGCAAGCUCCGGUACGUGUAGAUAUCUACGCCGUCUUACUACACAUAUGGAUAAAUCUAAUUGUUAAAUUUCGAACCAAUGACACUAACACAAUUUUUCGAACCCACUGUACACAUUUCUGCACGUGACUUUUUGUAUCUUGUUCUUUUACCCCCUUGCAUGUUUUUUUCCUCAUUCUUGGUUGUAUUCUUGUUGAAACUCCUUUUGCUUUAAAAAGUUAUCAACAAUCUUUUAUGGAAGUGACUGGAAGAGGCUUAUUUCUACAGUCUUCUUUUAAAACAAUCAUGUUUUUUUUAAUUGAAUCUAAAGGCAAAACAUUAUAAAAUGAAAUAUAAAAUAUUGCUUCUAAAAAUUAAUUUCUCUAGAGUUUUUAUUCAAUGCUUUAUAAGAAUCUACAACAAAAGAAAUCAAAAGCCAUAACUAAAAAUCUAAACAUAAAUAUUAAAAAGCAAAAAAAAAAAUAAA